AUCGUCUCUAUAUACAUACAUCUCUCUCUCUCAUUGCUCUCUCUUACUAGUUUCUCAUAUUCAAUCCAUAACACACGCCACCGGUGAUUUGUUGUACGGAGAAAAGAGGCAACCAAAGGUUUUGUUAAUCAUUUUAUUUAUAAUAUUUCGACGCCCCGUCCUGAAGUUUAGAUGUCGCAGCCAGCGACCGCGGCAGUGAUGCCAGAGGCAUUCGCUAAGGACGCGAUAAUAUCGUGGUUCCGAGGCGAAUUCGCUGCGGCAAACGCGAUAAUCGACGCUUUGUGCGGGCAUUUGUCGCAGUUUGAAGGCGGUAAAGGCGAGUAUGAAUCGGUGUUUUCCGCUAUACAUCGACGCCGGUUGAAUUGGAUCCCGAUUCUUCAGAUGCAGAAGUAUUAUUCGAUCGCCGAUGUGACGAUGGAACUCCAGAAAGUGGUUGAGGAGAAAAUGAAAUUGAAACAAGUCGAGAAAAAAAUUGUUGUCGAAGAGGUGGAGAAUAAAGGUGAAAUUUCAGAAAUGGAUUCCGUUUACAUCGAUAUCGAUAAAAAUAAUGGAGGUGAAGUUGUGGAUGAUGAUUCCAAUAAAGAUAAUCAUUCACCGAAGAGUGGGAUCACUGAUGCAGGACUACAGGAAGUGCAAUCAGCAGGGGAAAGCGUCGAGAUAUGCUCAAACGAAGAAGACUGGGAGGCGCGACGUGCUGAAAUCAAGAUGACAAAAGGGUUCAUAGCCAAGGAGUCUGUAAAAGGGCAUAUGGUAAAUGUUGUGAGAGGUUUGAAGAUGUAUGAGGACAUACUUAACGCGACAGAGCUCUCUAAGAUGACGGAAUACGUAACUGAACUUCGUGUCGCUGGCCAAAAUGGUGAACUCUCAGGUGAGACUUUUAUCAUGUAUAAUCAGCAGUCAAAGGCAAUCAAAAGAGAGCUUAUUCAAUUUGGAGCUCCAAUAUUUGGACAAAUAAAAGAUGAGGCUACAAAUAAUAAAUCCCAAGAGAGCAAUAUCGAGCCGAUUCCUGCUCCUCUAGAAGGUGUGAUUGACCAUCUAAUCCAGUUUCACUUGAUUUCCGAAAACAGACGACCAAACAGUUGCAUUAUAAACUUUUUCGACGAGGGGGAAUUUUCACAGCCUUUCUUGAAACCACCUCAUUUAGAGCAACCCAUAGCUACACUUGUUCUGUCUGAUUCAACAAUGGCUUUUGGGCGUACUCUAGUUUGUGAUAAUGAUGGAAACUACAAAGGACCACUUAUGCUUUCUCUCAAGGAAGGGUCACUCUUGGUGAUGAGAGGAAAUAGUGCUGACAUGGCACGCCACGUCAUGUGUCAAUCUCCAACUAAACGAAUCAGUGUCUCAUUUUUCAAAGUCCGAAUGGACACCUAUGACAAAAAUUUAGCCCCAAAAGAUCCGAUGAGUGGAGCGAUGACCCUAUGGCAACCUAGUCUUACAACUCCAUUAAUGACACCGAUUACUACGGGACCACUAGAUGGGUAUGACGCGAUCCAUGUUCUCCCCAAGUGGGGUGCAAUCCGAUCCCCACAACUGCUUAUGUUAGCACCAGUCCGUCCAAUGGUUAUGAGCCCUAGAAGGCUGCCACGUGGAGGGACUGGUGUUUUCUUACCAUGGAACGGGGGGUCAAAAAAACCCAACAAGCAUUUACCGCCUCGUGCUCAAAGAGGGCGUCUUCUUGCACUUCACGCCUCAACUGAAACACACAAAAUGGAUCGAACCCCUGGGUCGGGCAUUAGCGUGGCUUGAGACAUGCGAGGGAAGUGUUGUGUUGUGGUUUGUUUGCAGUUGGUCUAGUGUACAACAAUUAAGGCCUUUGUGUUUGAAACUAAGAUGAGUUUUCUUAUUAUUACCUUAAUUAUGUCUUAAUUAAGGAGGCAAAUAGGUUUUAGUAUUGGUGAUUAGACUACAUUCCUUGUUGUCAUUGUCUAAUCAUCACCUUUAGAGUUAUAGAGGUAGUAGUAAAAAUCUUUCAAGUUAAAAAGUGUGAAUUGUUAUAUAUUAUUGUUUCUCUUUACAUGA